GAACGUCCAUUGAACCAUUUUCAAUUGAAAAAUUUCCUCUUUCGUCUUCGAAUUCACAAACUGGCCUACGGUUGAAAGCAGCUAUCAUGGUGGAAAGCAUACCAUUUGGAUCUGUUGCAGAGGUCAUGGAGUCGAGAUACCUAGAGGCAGCUAUCAUAUUGCCAGGGCCACCGGUGCAGAUUUUAGCUCAACGAGCAGCCCCAACGAUUGUGCUAAAAGCUAUGCAGCAAACUCGAGGGAAAUUCUACUUCGAAUGCAAAACUGUAACUGGCGGAUACAUGCAACUUGGAUGGGCUGACUUGGACUUCAAAGCCAUCAUUAACGAAGGAAAAGGUGCUGGUGAUGACGCUCACUCGUGGGCCUACGACGGCUUACGGUGCUUGAAGUGGCAUUCUAACAAGAAAGAAGGGUUUGGCAAAAAGUGGAAAGCUGGUGACGUAAUAGGCGCAGCAGUUGAUCUGGAUGGCUCACCUUCGGUCAGUUUCUCACUGAAUGGCGAUUGGGCGGAUAUGGGGGUUGCAUUCGACGGACUUAGACCAAGAGGGGCUGUGUACCCUUGUAUAACAUUGCUCAGGGGAGAAAGAGUUAAGCUGUUUUUGGGGGUUCGUGGAAAUAAAUUCAUCCACAGCCCGCCUUCUGAUGAGUAUAAACCGUUGACGGUAACCCAGCCUUUAAAAUCCAAUCAGCAGGAAAGUCGCUUCACGGGGUUUACCCCUGUUAUUGAAAUGGGGUUGAGCGAUCAUUCAUUCACCAUCUCAUUUCCGGGCGAAAUGAUGGUCAAUUUUAUGGGGAGAGGCUUGGAUUAUGAAGCGAAAAAGAACGCUUUGAUUCACGCAGGGUAUACAGAGACAAUGAAGCGGUGGAAUCAAUCUAAUGACGUCAUCACUAAGAAUACAGAGGGGAAAAUGUUGACAAAAGAUGAAAUAUUUGCAUUGAUUUGCUAUACUUUGGAGCAUCCUCCGGUUUACAGGCAUUUCAACAACGAUACUAGAAAGGGUUAUCAAGGGGAAGGCAUGGAUUUUCCCAUAUUAAGCCACCUUCUGCGUGAAGGGUGUAGGAAGAUUUUAGCCGGGUUGCCUGAAAACACACGUACUAGACAAGUGUACAGAGGGGUCAAUGUUUCGUUUAAUGCGAAAGUUGGGGAAAGUGUUCGAUUUGGCUCUUACAUAUCGAGCUCAGAAAGCACCCAGGUAGUGCAAGGGUUUAUGAAGGAUGGUACUGGCGGAACGCUUUUCAUCAUAACAUCAAAAAUUGGGGCACCGAUCAAAGCGUUUUCGCAGUACCCCGAAGAAGAAGAGGUACUGAUUCCCCCUUAUGAAACUUUUAAGGUUACAAAAAUCGAGCAGUCGAAGAUCUUCUUGGAGAGCAGUGUACCGGAUGACAGUAUUGCGCAAUAUGUAGAAUCUGGCGCAAUAACAUGGAACAAGUAACAUUUAAUAUGUUAAAUUGUCUUAAAAACCACCAGAAAUUAAUUGUUAUUCACAUGGAAAUAACUGUUUAGAAGUGUCGCCUUUCCUUGGGUUUGGCCUCGGUCCCAGUUCCCUCUCUUUGGGUAUCCACGUGCUGGUCACGUCUUCCGGUGGUGACGCCCGAAAAAACACGGUUGCUCAAGCAUAGUCAAGGCAAAGAGACAGUCGCGCAGUCAACAUGUAAUCUCUUAAAUUUAUAAUCAGUUCGCUUGUUUGUUGCUGAAUAUAUCGUAAAAAGUGAAACCACAACUACUCUAUGUUUUAUUUCUCGGCAUGCUCAACCCUUCUUCUCAACAAUAACAUUCCAGCCUUCUUUCAUGCAAUUGGCUAUUCUUUUUCUUCAGUUGCAGAACCUGGUUAGUUCACUUUAAAUAUCUAGAGAUACACUGGUACAUGCUUGGAAACAUAUUAUAAACGUUUGGUACAUUUGAGAAUGAAAAGCUUUUUAGCUGAGAAUCGAAAAGGUGACACUGAAGUUUCAGUCGACUUUUGAAGAAACAAAACAGUUAACUUUCAUCGAUAAUUUAUGCUUGUUGCUGAUAACAGCAAUGGAAUGUUUAUGUGGAAGACCAUUUAGAUUUUUGAAGAUAACAAGAGUUUGUUAAACGUAGCUUUUCAGGAUCGCAAGAUGAAAUCGAAUUGUUACCUAUGCCCUAUCAAAAUCUAUGUUCAAAUGACUUAUAUUUACGAAGAUCUAAAGCAAUUUUCAAACUACGACAAAACACCCAUUCAGGCAGCUUCUUUCUCUUGCAUGACAGGCUACUGACUAUAACUGAAAAUUUUUAGGACAAAUAUCUCCCACUGUUUCAU